CAGAUCGAGUCGAACUGAAGUGGGCGACUGGAGCCAAACCCGGAACUUUUUGACCCAGUAUUUAUCCCUGAAGUUUGAGAGUUUGGAGUUUCCCCUCGAUUUUCCGACGGGUUUAGCGGGAAAGCCAUCUUUCUGGAAGCUUUCGGUUUGUCCUGAAGGAAAACAAACGCUGAAGUUUUCUUCAAAUGUUUCCAGCGUGAUUGCGGCGGUUCCUGCAGGACAGCAGACGUUAGAGAGCAGGUGCUGAGGAGUGAGGUCGGAAGGAGCCAGGAUGCCGCAGCAGAAGGACAUAGUGAGGAUAGCCAUCCAGAUGCCGGGGACAGUAGCCCAGCUCAUACAGCUGGACCAGAAGAAGCCUCUGUCUGCUGUCAUUAAGGAAGUGUGUGAUGGCUGGAAUCUUCCAGGACCCGACAACUACGCCCUGCAGUACUCCGAAGGAGCGCAGAUGUACAUCACUGAGUCGAACCGUCUGGACAUAAAGAACGGCUGGAUUCUGCGUCUGACCAAGGCACCGGGUCGCAGGGCAGAAGACUUGUUCAAGGGCAUCCAGAGCUCAGAUGGAGGGGUGCGCUGUGAUUCGCUGAAAGAGCUGGCCAGUGUUUCGCGAGACGUGACCUUCGCUCAGGAGUUCAUCAGCAGAGAUGGACAUGUCCUACUGGUCAAAAUAGUUGAGGACUCUAAGGAAAAUAACCAGAUCAUGACCUACACUCUGACCGGCUUCAUGGAGCUGAUGGAUCAUGGAAUAGUUUCAUGGGAGAACCUCUCGGCUGUCUUCAUCAAGAAGAUUGCCAGCUUUGUCAACAAGUCGACAGAUGAGGCGAUGCAGCAGGUGUCCCUGGACAUCCUGGAGAACAUGGUUCUGAGCAGCCGCAAACUUUUCCUUCAGGUCAAACAGGAGGUCACCAUGGAGAGGCUUAUAGCUCACCUGCAGGUGGCUAACCAGCAGAUCCAGACCAAAGCCAUGGCUCUCCUUAUGGCCUUACUGCAAACAGCUGAAGACUCAGACAGAAAGGAAAUGUUUGCAUUUCUGAAUAAGAAGAACCUCCGUUCAUACAUUUAUAAGAAUAUUAUCCUGAGCUCUAGUCCGGUCCAGGACGAGAUGGCUCACUACCUCUACGUCCUGCAAUCGGUCACCUUGAAUCAUUUGGAGGCUCGGAUGAGAACGCCGCUGGAUUGUUACAGCCAGGAACAUAGAGAAAUCCUUCACGGGUUGCGGCAGGCGGCGUUUGAGACAGAAAGCGAGAACAGCCUCAGUCAUGAACGCCGGCGCUCACUUUGUGCCAAAGAGUUUAAGAAACUGGGUUUUUCUAACAACAGUAACCCGGGUCAGGACCUGGUGCGGACACCUCCUGGUCUUCUAGCUUUGGACACCAUGUUUUACUUCGCUAACCGUAACCCUGACGCCUACAGCAGGUUCGUGCUGGAGAAUAGCAGCAGAGAGGACAAACACGAGUGUCCUUUCGCCAGGAGCAGCAUCCAGCUCACACUGAUCCUCUGUGAAAUCCUUCGAAUAGGAGAACCUCCCUCAGAGACAGGAUCCAACUACCACCCCAUCUUCUUCAGUCAGGACCGACUCCUGGAUGAGCUUUUCUGCGUCUGCAUCCAACUGCUCAACAAAACCUGGAAGGAGAUGAGAGCAACGCAGGAGGACUUUGACAAGGUGAUGCAGGUGGUGAAGGAGCAGAUCACCAGGACGCUGUCCAGCAAGCCGACCUCCCUGGAGCUCUUCAAAAACAAAGUUAACGCCUUGAACUACAGCGAGAUCCUGAAGCUGAGGCAGACGGAGCGGCUGCACCAGGAGGAGACGCUCGCUCCACCUGUCCUUGAGCUGAAGGAGCGCCUGAAGCCAGAGCUGCUGGAGUUGAUCCGCCAGCAGAGGCUCAACCGGCUGUGUCAGGGAACCAUGUUCAGGAAGAUCAGCAGCCGCCGCAGGCAGGACAAACUGUGGUACUGCCGCUUGUCACCAAAUCACAAGAUGCUUCACUACGGCGACGUGGAAGAAGAUGCAGAAAACCCAGCCAUAGAAACACUGCAGGAGAAGAUCCCAGUUGCAGAUAUAAAAGGUUUGCUGACAGGGAAAGACUGUCCUCACAUGAAGGAGAACAAAGGCAAACAGACCAAGGAAGUCUUGGAUCUGGCAUUUAGCAUCACCUAUGAUGUAGAGGAGUACAGCCUGAACUUUAUCGCCCCCUCUAGGACUGAUUUCUGCUUGUGGACAGAUGGACUGAGCGUCCUCCUGGGCAGGGACAUGAGCAGCGAGUCCAUGCGCAGCGAGCUGGAGAUCCUCCUGUCUAUGGAGAUUAAGCUCCGCCUCCUGGACCUGGAGAACGUACCCAUCCCAGAGAGCGCCCCCAUUAUCCCCAAACCACCGAGCAACUACAACUUCUGCUACGACUUCAGCCAGACGGAGCAGUAGACGGGAUGAACCUGUGUUCGGGUUCUGGUUCUGACCCAUGCGCAGAUUUUAACACUUUAUUGUUGGAGGUUUUUAGA